AUGACAGAGAAGGAUUCAAACACCAUAACGGAGUCUAGGGCUUUGUCGGAGUCUUCUGCCACUGAAACUUCGGGACAAGAUGUCGAGAAAGAUGUUCAGGCUGUCUCGAAAGAGUCAGAGUAUCCUCCUUUGUCCAAGGUGAUCAUCAUCAUCAUGGCUCUCUACCUCGCUGUAUUCUUGGUCGCCCUUGAUCAGACUAUUAUUGGUGUCGCGAUCCCCAAAAUCACUGAUCAAUUCAAGAGUAUCUCGGAUAUUGCCUGGUAUGGAAGUGCCUAUUUCCUGACUUCAACUGCUUUACAACCCUCCUAUGGUAGGAUCUACAAGAUCUUCAGCGUCAAAUGGGGCUUUCUCGUCGCUGUUGCCAUCUUUGAGAUCGGCUCGCUACUCUGCGCUGUCGCUCCAUCCAGCACAGUACUUAUUGUAGGACGUGCCAUUGCUGGAAUCGGUGUCGCGGGUAUCUUCUCUGGUGCCAUGGUCAUCAUUGCAGCUACCGUUCCCCUUCCUAAACGCCCGCUUGUCUUUGGAAUGUUCGGCAUGGUCUGGGGCAUCGCCUCCAUCGCUGGACCUCUACUUGGCGGUGCUUUCACCGAUGGCGUCUCCUGGAGGUGGUGCUUCUACAUUAACCUGCCUAUUGGCGGUCUUUCUAUCGGUGUCAUUCUGCUCUUCCUUCGCCUCCCGAACAAGAUGGAUCACUCUGGAGAGUCUAUUUUCACUCGGAUCAAGCAACUGGAUCUCAUUGGAGCUGGCCUGCUUAUUCCUGCUAUCAUCUGCCUGCUACUUGCUCUUCAGUGGGGAGGAAAUCAGUAUGCUUGGAAUAACUCGCGUAUCAUUGGCUUGUUUGUUGGAUUCGGUCUUCUGGUCAUCCUCUUCGCAGCGUCGCAGGUCUACCUUGGAGAACAGGCCACCCUCCCUCCCCACAUCUUGAAGCAGCGCACCGUUCUGUCUGCGUGCUUGUUCGCUCUGUUCUUCGGUGGUGCUUUCUUCGUUCUUGUUUAUUACGUCCCAAUCUUUUUCCAGAGUGUCAAGGGCUCAUCGGCUAUGAAGUCUGGUAUCCAGCUUCUUCCACUAAUGUUGGCUACUGUCGUCUCCUCUGUGGUCCUCGGUGGUUUGAUUACCAUCGCCGGAUACUAUACACCCUUCUUAAUUGGCAGCGCUGCCAUCGCCGCCAUCGGCACAGGUCUUAUUACCAUGUUCGACGUCGAUAUCUCCAGCGGAAAGUGGAUCGGCUACCAAAUUGUCGUUGGUGCCGGAGUUGGCGCUGGCUUCCAGGUUCCUAUGACCGCUGUCCAGACUGUUCUUGACCCUUCCGAUAUCCCGGUCGGAACAGCCAUGGUCAUGUUCUUCCAAACUCUUGGAGGAGCUUUGUUCAUCGCGGUUGGACAGUCUGUCUUCCAGAACGGAUUGAUUGAUGGCAUUAGCACUUACGCCCCCGGUGUGAGUCCCGCCGCGAUCGUUGGUGCUGGCGCGACCGAGAUGCGCAGCGUUCUUGGAAAACUUGGACAGCUUGAUCAGGUCGAUGGUGUCAUCAAGGCCUAUAUGAGCGGCCUGCGUGAUACUUACCGUGUCAGCUUGGCUCUGAUGGUGGUCGCAUUUGUGGCUAGUCUUUUCCUGGAGUGGAAGAGUGUGAAGAAGGCCGGUGCUGAAAAUAAGGAGGUUGUUGUCCCGGCUCUGUAA